CAACCCAAGCUCCGAUGCCAAAAACGGUGGUAGAUUUCUGGAAAAUGAUCAGGUAGGAAGAAGUUCUGAUGGUUUGCAUGCUGAUGAAGAUCACCGAGGGUGGACAGAAAAUAUGCAAGCAGUAUUGGCCAGAAAUUGGAAACACAGUGGAACACGGUCAGAUAACAAUUUUGAACGUAAAACAGCGCGUCUACGCCGAUUACACUCACAGAAUUUUCCAGAUCCACCACCUUCACGGGACGGCCGAAACAAGAAGUGCCGAUGUACUGGCGUUCCGUCGUCGAAUAUUUCAAUGAGCUGAGGGGUCAUUCCUCGGG